UAGCCCGCCUGAUGCUGCCACUGCCAAACUAAAUUUCGAUGCUUUGGCUAAUAAAGCUAAGGAAUUUGUUGAGAUUGCGAUUAUAUUUAGUUUUGGCACGACUCGCACGAGGCUUAUUGUUUUCCACUUUUGCUUUGGCACCACUGUAUAUAUAUUGUUCAUAAAAUGAACAUCUUUACAUGGCUCUCCAGUCUAGGUGGGCAAAAUUUUUGCCCCUGGUUAAAAACACCUUGCCCACCUCUGGUUUAGACUGCUUUUUUGUUACGUAUAGCCUGCCCAUUUAUUGGUCUUAUGAAACAGCACAUAAGCCCAAAGUUUGGAAUUUGUGUUUCCGAUAAUGUUUAUACUAAUGCUUUGUAAAAUAUCCAUUCUUAUGAAUAAAAGUAAAAGUGUAUUUCUAUUUAAUAAAUGUUAAACAUUAUACCAAUGGGAAUAACCAUAAUCUUUCGAGUAUAGUUUCUGCCAUUGAUAUAUAAUUAAACUAAUGGAUUUACUUCGAAAUGCCAAUGAUUUUCAUUUCAUUUUUUUUUUCAUUUAAAGUAUAUUAUUGCUGUUGUAAUAAUUCUUUUUUAUUAAUGAAUUGCAUAUAUUUGAUUGCAGAUAUAGUACAAUAUGUGUUGAUAAUUUAAUUCUGAUAAAUAGUUACAGUUAUAGCUGCUAUUACUGGAUUUUCGUCUACUUUGCAAUAUUUAUAAAAAGUGCAAUGAGUGAUCGAGAUUUAUUGAUUGUUGAAGAAAACGAAGUAACAUCAUCAGAGGAUGAAGAAGAGAAUCCAGAACGAGUGCAAGUUCGAAGACCUAAACAAUUGAACAAAUACAGUUUUCAUCAAUUAGAGGCAUUGGAUUAUGAUACAAUUGAAAAUCAACUACAUAUUGAAGAAGAGAGUGUUACAUCAAAACAGCAAUGGGCCUGUAUUCGAGCACAAAGAUGGUUGAUUUGUAUCAUCAUUGGAGUUAUGACAGGGGUUGUUGCUGUUAUUAUCGAUAUUUCUAUUGAUCAACUGGCAACUUUAAAGAUGAAUACAUUGGAAUCUUCUAUUAAAGAUUGCGUUCAAUCAGAUUGUCUCUGGAAACCAUUGCUAACAUGGAUUGGUAUAAAUGCUGGUCUUGUGGCAUUUGCAGCUUCCAUAACAACAUUCUUGUCUCCUGUAGCAGCAGGAAGUGGAAUACCUCAAAUAAAAUGUUAUUUAAAUGGAGUAAAAGUUCCAGAAGUGGUUAGACUAAAGACAUUGUUUACAAAAGUUGCUGGUAUUAUCGCUUCUGUGUCUGGAGGUCUUGCUGUUGGAAAGGAAGGUCCCAUGGUACAUUCAGGGGCUGUGCUCGGUGCGGGAAUAUCACAAGGUCGUUCUAUGACCACUGGGUUGAAUACGCCAUUCUUCACACAUUUCAGAAACGACAGAGAGAAAAGAGAUUUUGUUUGUGCAGGAGCAGCUGCCGGUGUGUCUGCUGCAUUUGGAGCUCCAGUGGGUGGAGUAUUAUUUAGCUUAGAAGAGGCUGCAAGCUUCUGGAAUCAAGCUCUAACAUGGAGAAUUUUUCUUUGCUCAAUUUUGUCGAGCUAUACUUUGAACUCUUUACAAAGUUUGUAUCAUGGUCAUCCAGGCGAUCUUGCAUAUCCUGGCCUGAUUAAUUUUGGGAAGUUUUCAGGAACAUACGUGCCCACAGAUUUGUUCAUCUUUUUCUUUAUGGGCGUUAUCGGUGGUCUAUGUGGAGCUGCUUUCAAUUCUUUAAAUAUUCGUUUAAUGAAAUUUCGCUUGAAAUAUGUAAGAUGGAAAUGGUUGCAAGUCAUUGAAGCAUCUGUCGUGGCAAGUGUAUGUGGCACAAUAGCCUUCUGCAUGAUGUAUUUCAAUAUUGAAUGUAAACCACUGGGUCAAGAUCCAACAAUGAAAUUACAGUUUUUCUGCUCUGAUGGAGAAUAUAAUACAAUGGCGACAUUAUUUUUUACAACACCUGAAUCGAGCGUCAAAAGUCUAUUUCAUGACCCACUUGGUUCAUACUCUGCUGUUACAUUGAUAGUAUUUGUACUGCCAUAUUUUUUCUUGGCAUGUUGGACAUACGGACUCAAAUUGCCCAGCGGACUUUUUAUUCCAUCGUUAUUGAUUGGGGCUGCAUGGGGAAGAUUAGUUGGGGUCAUUGUCAAUGCGAUAUCCCCAACCAGUUGGUGGACACAAGAUUUGGCCAAAUAUUCACUCAUUGGUGCCGCUGCUCAAUUGGGUGGAACAGUUCGAAUGACCAUCAGCCUCACUGUUAUCCUUAUUGAAGCAACUGGGAAUAUUUCUUACAGUCUUCCAUUGAUGGCAGUUCUACUUAUUGCAAAAUUUGUUGGUGAUAUGUUCAAUACCGGAAUAUAUGACAUGCAUAUUGAGCUUGGUAAAGUUCCAGUAUUAGAAUGGGAUCCACCACCACUAUCUAGCAAAACAACUGUUAGUGAAGUCAUGCAUCAGCCUGCCAUAACCCUGAAUCUUCAUUGUCGAGUUAAAGAUAUCAUGGAGAAUUUGUCAAGUUCGACCUCGAAUCAUGGUGGAUAUCCAGUGCAAGAUGAUCAUGGAAAAUUUCGAGGAGUGAUUUUACGUUCUCAGUUGCUUAUACUCAUAAAACAUAAGGUUUUUGUGGAAAGAACUUCAAAUGGAUCACCCUUAUCAUUAUCAGUAUUUCGAGAUAGCUAUCCAAGAUUUUUCAGUGUCAAUUUACUGAACGUUUCGGCAGCGGAACGUGAACUACAUGUAGAUCUUGAACCAUAUGUUAACCCUGCUCCAUAUGUUGUACAUAAGAAUUCAUCAUUUCCAAGAAUAUUUCGCCUAUUUCGAGCCCUCGGACUUCGACAUCUUGUUGUAAUAGAUGAUGACUAUAGUAUCAUUGGAAUUGUGACGCGAAAGGAUUUGUAUAAGGCUCACAAAGCCAGAGAACAUUCAAGGAUUCCUUGCCAUUAAAGGAUUAAUGAAAUAUUUGGUUUUAGUACAUUAUCAAGUGCACUGUGUUUGUUUUAAAUUUAUUAUUUUGUAAGGCGUGAGUCAAAUAUAACCCUUGGCAUAAUCGCA